CGUCAACGCAUCUGUGGGUCCGACCAAGAAUCUCAUCGAGCAGGGAUGCGUUUAACGUGUCCAACGAUUUCCAUCCUUCUCAUCCUCACCAACUUCACCAAGGCCUGCCUGAGCCACAAUGCGAGCGAUGAAACUGUGCUCUUGAAGGUCCUGGUUGGCUUCGGAUUCAAAAAAAGUCUGGGAUGCCUGGAGUCUUGGGUGCGCUGCAAUGACCAGGGCCAGGCCGUCUUCUUGGAUCUCACACGACGAGUUCGGAGACGGGAUGACUUAGAUGACGGCCAAUUUGUGCACAUUCCCAAGGAGUUGGGGGAACUGCAGGCCUUGGAAUGGCUUUAUUUGGACCAGAACCGGCUUGCUGGAACUAUUCCACCUGAGCUGGGGAUGCUCCAGAGCCUGAAGAGCCUAGACCUUACGGAAAACAAUUUGGAGGGCCAUCUGCCAGAAGAACUUGGGCAGUUGGAGAACCUAACCUGGCUUUCUUUGAGCUUGAACCGCUUCAGUGGCAAAAUCCCAGAAAGUUUUGGAAAUUUGUGGAACUUGGAAGUUUUGGAUCUGAGACGAAACGCUUUCAGUGGAGAAGUCCGAAAGUCAUUGGGGCGGCUCAGCCAGUUAGAGCGGUUGCGCUUGAAUCACAACCAUUUGGAAGGAAGAAUCCCACAAGAGUUGGGUCAGCUGAAAAACUUGAAGGAACUUCUCCUACAGCAAAACUGCUUCAAUGGAGAGCUUCCUGCCGAGUUGGGGAACCUCCAAGCUCUACAAACGCUCAUGAUCUCAGAAAAUCAACUUCAAGGACAGAUUCCAAAGGAGCUCGGUCAAAUGGCUGUGCUCAAAUACCUGAUUCUCAGUCAAAAUCAACUCAGUGGACACAUCCCGCGAGAGCUGGGGCAUUUGAGCAAACUGAAGAGGCUCAACCUCUACGGCAACAACCUGACUGGUAAGAUUCCACCCGAGCUUGGUCACCCUCCAGAAUUCUAUUGGUUAUUCUUGGACCGCAAUAAUUUACAAGGAGAGAUACCGCCUGAGCUGGGCCGAUUGAAAUCUUUGCAAAGGUUGUCACUGGGCAAAAAUCAGCUGAGCGGCCAGAUUCCUACCAGCCUCAGCCACCUGAAGCAGCUGAAAUGGCUAAACCUGUGCCAGAAUCAACUCACAGGAACCAUUCCUGAAGAACUAGGGAACAUGAGAAACCUACGCUGGCUCCACUUGGACGGAAACCACCUAAGUGGUUCUAUUCCGAAAGCACUGGAAGAUUUAGUGUGGCUGACAGCUUUGGAUCUCAGCCACAACCGCUUCACCAGGAUAUCCGUGAACUUCACCAAGUUGCUUCACUUGCAGACGUUGGACCUCAGUCGCAACUUACUGAGUGGAGAGCUGCCGGCAAUGCAGCCUGGAACCGAACAGGUUGAUCUGAGCCGCAACAACUUCAUAGGCAACCUCACUUGGACUGAAGCCUUUUGCACGAAAGGGGAAGCGAAGCAACGCAAACGAGAAAACGUAGCAGAUGGAGAGAAAGGAAGGAGAAGAGGAAAGAAAAGAGCAACGAAAAAUCGACGAUUCAGAAAAAGGAAGAGGAGAAAGAAGAGUGCUGAAGCAGCGAGAGAGAAGAGAACAGGCUUACAGGGGCUGCGGCUGAACCACAACUCUUUCACGGGGAAGAUUCCCGCAUGCCUGAUGCAGUUGAACAGUUUGAAGCAUCUCUCCUUGAACAACAACCGUCUACAUGGUCGCAUUCCAGCCAUCAAUGCCACUCAGCUGGUGGUCUUGGCUCUGCAUCGCAAUGACUUGUCCGGUGCAGUCCCAGAAUCGCUGCAAAAUUUGAGCCAUCUCGCCGUUUUGACUUUACAUGAGAACUCUCUGGAUGGUGCGAUCGGCCCUUUGAAGCUCACUUCACCGUGUAUCGACAACGACAAGAUGAACGUCCGUGGAUUUGGCUGUAGUGUCUUGCGUCUGAUACUCCGACCCCGGCAAUCUCCGGGAAACGAAACCGAUUGCAGCCCGCUGCAGGCUUCACCGUCUGCUUCGCAGGAUGAAGCGCAAAGUCAGAAGCUCCUUUCAGCUGAAGAGAUGGAGUUGGUCAAAAGGAACUGCCCGGACCUGUGCAAGACAUGUCAAAACGGCGAGCCUGCGAAAGCAACCUUUCACCACAACCGCUUCUCCUGCGAGUUGCCUGAAAGCAUCAGCGAGGGGGUUGCGACCUAUGCCACUGUGGUCAUGGGAAACAUGGUCGGCCACGGCCAGAGACUCAACGUAAGCUGGAUCUCAGCAGAGGAGAACUUUGCCUUCCUUUAUUAUUCACCUAGAAUCUGGAGUGCCCAGGUCACAGUGAUAAGUUCCAUUCUUGCUAUGGCCUUGGGCGCUGUUGUGUUUCAUCAGCAGUUUCGAUCAUUUUGGAAGUCUUCGCAAAGGAUGUUGCAGUCCACUCCUGCUACUCCGGGUCCUCGCGUGGUAGCGUCCAACCUGGUACUCCUCAAGGUCGCCAGCUGCACCGUUCUACUAGCGUGUCCUCUUCUUCUUGUGUGCCUAUUGGGCACUGGGUACUAUACAUGUGCCCCACCCUUGUCUCAAAUCACGGUUGCGAAUUUGAAAGACAACGACCAUCGAAUAGAUUUGGCCGUGCUACUGCUGUGGUCUGCGAUGCUGUUUCUCUUUCGCAGUAUACCUGCAAGCAUGCCAAAGUGCUGCCGUUUGCAAACAGAUAUUGCCAACAUUCUCAGUGUGCGAGCAGUGUUGGUGAGGGUGGCUGCCUGGUUUGUCUGGGUGUGCAUUGUCAUUCUGCUGUCUCUCCCAUCCAUUCUCUUCGCUGUCGCGCAGGCUGUACCCGCCAACGCGGCUGGCUUAAACGAGAAGGUGUUAAGCUGGAUCCAUCGAGCUGCUCCGUAUUUGAUCGUGUUGAUUGAACUGCUUCUGGCGCAUCCUUUGUCCACAAAAUAUUCUGCCCGCAGCGGCAUUGAAGCGGACAGGCUCUUGAUGACAUUUCGUUUGUCUUCUGCCUGGUUCAUGUCCUUGCUAGCGACAGCGUUUCUGCACGAAAAUUGCUUCGCUGGCUGGAAGCUGUUCUGGGUUGUUUGCCAGGAGAGUUCAGCUGAGCACGAAGCAUUCAACUGGAAGCUUUGGAGUCAGGAGAUCUUGUUCGCCAAGAAGGAUAUGUGCCGCUUAGGGGAACGUUGGUGGGUGGAUGGCCGCUGCACCCGCUCCAUAGUGGAUGGUUUGACACCCUUGCUACUGAAAAAGUUGCUUGUCCGGAGCGUGGUGGUGCCCUUGGUGUUAUUGCCGCUUUGGUAUUCCUCGCGGCUGGAUACAUCUUGCGCGCCUUUAAAUGCUCAGAAGGGGCGCCACCUCAGGCUUUUGGGAGGCCUCAAAGUGACUGGGUCUUUGGUGCCUCUGCGUCAAACUGCCCUCCUCACAACCUUCAUGGAAGUUCUUUUCUUCUGGAGCCCACUCAUACCUUUGCUGAGCCUUUGCAUUCUCAGCGCAACGGCGGCCAAUUUCUUCCUUUUCGACGUUGGAAUCCGGAGCUUCAAUGUGCAAGUGCCGUUGGACGCCAUGAACCAAAGUGCCACCCUUUCAAGGUCCUACAUGACUUUGGCUCUGGCAGCAAGCUGCUGUUUCCAACUCUGGCAUGCAUUUGGUGCCAAGAUGUAUGGGCGCUAUACACUACUUGCUGUGCAUAUAGCACUCAUGGGGCCCUGGGCAAGAUGCAUUUUGCCCUUGAAGAUGGCCAGACGAUUCUUUUGGGCUGAUUUGGAGGGUGCUGGAAGCCCAGCAGGUAUGACGAUUGAGCUGGGAGAUGCUGCCGCCAAGUGA